GCUCCCUCGCGGAUUCGCAAGUGUAUCCCGCCGCGCCGGGCCCGCGUGCCGGCCACGUGGCCUCCGCUCACCUACUGGCGACACCCCGCUUUUUUACGCGCACUUCAUUGAUAAAACACUUCUAAUUAAGUAUCGGCUAUUAAAUUGUAAACGAUAGGGACGGGAGUUAUAGUGCGAGAACUGUAAUCUGUUUGUACCAGUAAAUGGACCGUCAUAACAACGUAUUGGAUUUAGUGCCUGACCUCGCAGCCGAUGAGACAGCAUGGAGUCAGUCCAGCCUCUACCGGACGAUCAAGAAAGAGCUUACAAGCUCUACAGCAUGUACAAGAGACCAGAAAACCUCGAGUCUCCGCUGUCAGUUCCUCGCGACGCAAAGAACAGCAUUUACAUUAUGAAUGAUCAGACAUUUCACACACCAUCCUUUGGCGACGAAGAGUUUGACAUUCCACUGAUACAUGGACAGCAUGCAACUAACACUGGCGUUCAAAACUCUCACAUACAGUAUACGCAGUUACACCAUUCCGCUCCACAGGUUGGUAUGAUGAACCCGGCACAAGAUGGCCUAGCACCACCUGGCGGUGCUCCUUCUUAUCAGCAACCGCUAUACCUACAAGAACCACACACUCCGGUAACAUCACACAGAUCUGCAUGGAAACACACAGACAAUGUCAUGAUUAAAAUUGGAGCUGGUGCACCGGCUGGAAACUACAUGAUCCAGCAACAACCUGGAGGACAACAGAGGUUAUUGAUGCUACAGCCAACCCAAGUCAUGAGUGGACCACCAACUCCUAGUACUCCCACUCAGCCAUCAGCUCCAGUAUAUGGUUCCCCGCAACGAGCCUCUCCCCCUGGCACCACCAGUGAUGACUCUGAUGAUAGUGUGCCUUCACACCAUUCACAGUUGCCUGGUGAUGCGGAAAGCCUUCUGCCUAUCCAUUAUUGCUCAGCGAGCCGGCAGCAACAAACUACGCUUCAUCAGAUGGGUGUUGGCAACAUGGCAGUUAAACGAUCAUCACCUGAACCUAUGGAUAAUGGAAUGAAUCGUGGACAGAUGCAGAAAAAGCCUAAAGUUCAGAAAAAGAAGAAAAAACGAGAUCCCAAUGAACCUCAAAAGCCUGUGUCUGCAUAUGCUUUAUUCUUUCGAGAUACCCAAGCCGCAAUCAAAGGUCAAAAUCCAAAUGCAAGUUUUGGUGAAGUGUCUAAAAUCGUAGCGUCCAUGUGGGAUGGAUUAGACUCUGAACACAAAAGUGUCUAUAAACAAAAAACAGAAGUAGCCAAGAAGGAAUAUCUGAAAGCACUUGCUGCCUACAGAGCUAGCCUGGUAUCAAAGGGAGGAGAGCAGGAGAGUCAGCCGAUGUAUAAUCACACCAAUAGUGCCAAUCCAACCUAUGGUAACUAUUAUCAAGGGCAAACAUAUGGUAAUGGUCAUUCGCCUCAGGCCUAUGCUCCAAACCCCGCUCCACAGGGAUAUUCUCCACAAAAUUACUCUGGAAACCAGAAUCAGGCAUCCUACCCUGCUCAGACACCUCAGGGCUACCCACCAAAUCCUCAGCAGUCUCCUCAAAACUAUCAAGGCAAUAUGAGUCUCACACCUCAAACAUACCAGCAGGGUGUGCCCAAUCAAUCUCCUCAGAGUUAUCAAGUGAACCCUUCCACUUCUCCACAAGGUUGCCAGCCUAAUCUUGCCCAAUCGCCAAGGAACUACCAGCCCGCUCAGUCCCCUACUAACUACCCUAACAAUUCGGCCUUAUCACCUCCUGGAUACAGACAAGUGCAGUCACAGUCGCCUCCCAUGGGCUCCGUGCAUGCUGCCAUGCAGUAUCAUCACUCUCAGCAACAGCAUAUGCAGCAGACCCACCAACAGAUGCAGCAAGCUCAUCAAGUACAGCAGUACCAACAACAACAACAGCAACUUCAUCAGCAUCAGCAACAGCAGCAACAACAACAACAACAACAGCAGCAGCAACAACAACAACAACAGCAGCAGCAGCAACAACAGCAGCAGCAACAACAGCAGCAGCAACAGCAGUCUCAGCAACCAUCUCAACAACAAAAUCAAAUUCAAAAAUCUGAACAGCAAUCUAAUAGCAAUGGAAAUUCUGGUGUCCCACAACAAUCAGCUGAUCAAAAUGAAAACCGAAGUACGCCAUCAUGUAUCCGGCAGGGGUGUACUAACCCAGCUAUUGCUAACAGUGAAUGGGAAGAUGAGUACUGCUCUAAUGAAUGUGUUGUUAGCCAUUGCAGAGAUGUCUUCAGUUCCUGGGUGGCAUCCAAUAACAGUAACCAAAUUCAAAACUUUUCUGCAGUCAAAUAAACAUCGUAACUACAUAGGUACAUAUCAAAUUUAAUAAAUUCACUCUUGUAUGAACUUCAAGAAUAAAUCUUUACUUUAUAAGAAUCCUUGGAUUUAUUGUUUAAGUAUCUUAUUAAUUUUAUAUGUUGUGAUAAUUGGAAUUCUUAAGAUUAUCUGUUACGAAUCUAUUUAAGUGUGGAACAGAUUUGUUAAUUUAUAUGUUGUACAUUUUUGUGAAGGUCUAACCAAGCUCAUCUGUGCCAUAUUGCUUACCCUUACAUAUUUAGGACUACUUCAUUAAUUGACAAUGCUAACAUUAGCAUGAAAAACUUAGUAUACUUGAAAUUUUUCAAAUAUAGACAAGUGUUGAAGGAUAUGGCACAGCUGCAUGGUGUUACACCUGACUAGUUAAUUUUACUAAAUUUGUUAGAACUUAUAUUAAUUUUUAUUUUCAUUUGCUGGAAUUUUAGAAAAUCAUCAGAUAUUUACAUUACAUAUUGUAUAAUAAAUUGUGUAAACUGUUAAUAUGAAUUACACAGUAAACGUUUUUUACAGUUGGUCAUUGUGUUGUAUCUAUUAAAAAACUGUUAAGAUAAUCUUGAAGACAAAAAUCUUCUAUUAAAUGGUGUUUUUUUUAUUAUAUAAUAAAUAUUAUGUGAUGCAGUAACCUACCAAUACAAGUAAUUGGUAGGUUACUGCACAUUUGUUAACUUAAGCAUUUUCUGUUAGACAUUUCCAAUAAUCAACUGUAAAGAUACUCAAGUUUUUGUAAAAGAUUCAUAGGCAGUACUGGGUUUAAUAAAUGCUCUGAAUAAUUGAAAUGCGUAAUAUUUAUCCUAUUUAAAUAAGACAAUGUAACAUGUCAUACUAUUUCUCUAUUUUAGCUACAUUCCUAACUACUCUACGAUUAUAAUUAUUGUACUUAUAAAAACAGCAAAGUACUGCCUUGAAUUACAAUACAGCACAGUGUAGUAAAGUGUAAAAUAUUUUUUUAAAUUACCGACAUUUCGUAUAGUUAUUAGCCGAAAUAAUCAUAUAAAGGACUGUUAGAUAAGACAAAGUUUCAUAAUAAUAAUACUCUUACAUAUUAGAUUGAUAUUAAAGUAAAUUGAAUGCAAUAACGUUCAUUGAUGAGUGCUAAAAAUACUUCCAUUAAUUUCAUAUUUAUUCUAAAAUGUUAGUGUAUCUGUGUAUUACGUAAGUCGUUCGAAAACCGAGAGGCCGUGCAUUAUGUUAAAUUAUAAAAAUCGUUGUGUAUUAUUUUGCAGUAUUUUUUGAAGUUAAAUUAUUGUUUUUAAACUAUAGCAUUUAUUCUUCUUCUAAAAUGUUAAAAUGGCAAUUGUCAUCGCCACACGUCGUUGAGGCUAUAGAGCAGACGUCUAUUUAGAUUUCGGAAAUUAGCACCUAAAGCAUAGGUGACAUUAUACUAAAUGUUAAUAUGAAUAUUAACGAUAAAUUUUACGAUUGUAUCGUAUUUGCGUAAACUUAGUAAAUACAUUAUGGUUAUUAUUAGCAAGUUUUAAUACUUUACUGCAUUGUAAAUUUCUAAUUAUGAAACUAAUAGCAAUAUCUACCCAUUUCCCUAGGAGUUGCGUUUAGUAUGAUAGGAUUUAGCUGGACCAAAAUUUUCUUUAUAUUCAAAGCAAUGAUAAUAUUUUAAGAUAAAAUAUGUUUUAUUGUAUGUCCAAUACCUUAUGAUAUAGUGAUGUAAUUGUAAAUAAACACUCGCAAUAAUAGACGUAGAUGUAGAGACUACAUAAGGCAUAUUUUUUUUAUUUCAUGUUAUUUAUUAGUAGUCUCAUUAGAACUACUUUAUUUAGAUAAAAGUUAUAUUAAAAAAUGUAAGAUAUGACAAUGUAUAAAUUGUAAUUAGAAAAGUGAUUCCAUUAAAUUUCUUAAACAGCAAA